UAGAUCCAAAUUAUAUCGAGAUAUUCCUCCAACCGAAGUUCUCAUCAAAAAUGUUGAUUAUGAUAUAGAUAAUAUUGGUACUACUAAAGAGGAUAAUAUUAAAGAAAUUGAGACUAAAAGUGAUCAUGAAGGAAAAAGUGAUACUGGAGGUGUUAAUCAUAGUGAUAUUAAAGUAGACGAUGAGUUAAAAGUUCCAAGUCAUAUAGUUGAUGCCGCGAUUACAGUUUCCAAAGACGGAACUACUAUAAUCGCAGAAACUGCUCAUGUUAUAAAGGUCAAGAGUAAUUUCCCAGAAGUUAAUAUGCCAAUAGAAAACAGAUUAAGACAUGUUGGAAUUGGUGAAAAUCCUGGAAUGGGAGAUCGAAUCCAAGCUUACGUUGAUCAUUCUCAACUAAAAACUCGUGCAGGUCUAGUUCCCAAAGAUAUUAAGAGUCCAAAUCUUUAUCAAGAUCUCAAUCCAGACAAACCU